AUGCGCCAGAAUUAGUGGCCUUUUGUACAGUCCCCAUGCCAUGCACGUUUAUCCUUCAAAGCUUUGUUAUUUCCGCUGCUCUUUUCCUCAAAGCUGCUUCCAUGUGUUUGUGCGUGUCUCAGUGUCUGUGUGUGUGUGAGAGAGAGAGAGGCAGUUUGAAAACCUCUUUGGGAUGACAAGCAACAUGCAAUAUGUGACAUUCUCUGUUGGCAUAUAGGAAGAGCUGAGACAGAGAUUGUGGCCAUUCUUGUUUUCUCCAUUCUUAUACAUUUCUUGAGAGAGAGAGAGAGAGAGAUGGCAAAGGGGGGGAGCAUGAAGGGGCACAUGCAGAGUCAGAACAAUGGGAGCAGAGGAAGAACAUAUGCAGUGCUGGUGCUUCUGGCAUUUGGGGCUGCUAUUUUUGGAGUUAUGAUUCUCCACAAGCUCAGGGAAAGGCGCAUCUUCAACCUCCUUGUCAAGGAUAAAGAAAGUGAACUCAUCAACCUUAAACUCCUAUUGCAGAAAGAAAGAGAACAUACACAAGAAGCUAAAAGGAAAACAGAGGAAAUGAGAUCCAAAAUACACUCCCUUCGUACGCAGAAAAGGGAUCUCGACAACAGGAUCUUGGAAAUGAAAUCAACAAUCUCUUCCCUUAAAGAUGAACAAAGAAUAAUUGAAGCGGCUCUCGAGGAAAAGCAGGAUGAAAUCAAGAUGCUUAGAGAAAAACAUAUGGAAACAAACCCAGAUAAUUCCAAAGUUAAGCUUCUUUCUGAAUCGUUGCGACAGAAGGAAGCUGAAGUUGAGGAUUUAAAACAUCGUCUUGAAUUACCUGUAAAGGUCUGGUCAGUGAGUGCAGAUGAUCCAUCAAAUCCACCUAUAAACUUCACCACCAAGGCUACUGGAAGAAAAGAAGCAACUGGAGGAGAAAUCAAAGAAUUGCGUGAAUCCCUUAGAGGAGAUGACCAGAAGAAUCCAACAGAAAAUGUAGAGAGAACUGCUGAUGAAUCUGCCCUCAAUCGAAAUGAAGGCACCAGGCAAGGUGAAGACAGAGGACAAGCACAAGAUGGAGAGACAUCUGCUGACAGGAAGAGCAAUAUUGGAGAACAGGAGUCUCAGGAGUUGAGAACUGCUCAAGAAGAUACAUCUGCUGACAGGAAGAGCAAUAUUGGAGAACAGGAGUCUCAGGAGUUGAGAACUGCUCAAGAAGAUUUUCCAGGCAACAGAAGCAUCAGUUUUCAGAAUUUGGAUGGCCAAAGAGAGGCUGCUGACAGUUCCAAACCUGAGGAAAACUUCCUAGAAGAAAAAAGGUACAAUAGCGGGAAUGCAUCCGUGGAAUCUAUCAAUCAUAGUGGUCAAGUGCAAAAGCAACAAGGAAAUUUUGCGGAUUCUCAAGCUAAUAACCAGCGGUCUGGGCAGGAUGACAAUCCCAAGAGUAGAGAUAGAUCAACAGUGAACCAGGAGAACAUAAGAAAGACAAAAAGGAAGAGCCGGCGAAUAAUUGCAGAGAGCAAGGUCACUGAAAGUGGAGGGCUUCCUGAAAAGAGAAGCAUUGUAAGCAUGAGAAACAGAAAGUUCUUUGAAGAAAUGCAUGGAAGUGAAACAAAUGAGAGAGUGGGAGGCGGUAAACAGGAGAAACAGGAACAUCAGCACGAUCAAAAUAUGGACACAGACAGGAAUAAUGGAUCUGGUCCAGAAAAUCACAGGAUUGACAUGACCGAUAAAACUCAACAAUUUAAAGAUUACCAAAUCAGGUCAGAACAAGAACAGAAACCAGAUAAGGGCAGACAGCAGAUGCAAGAUGAUAGCUCAAACCUCGAUGAAGCUCCACCACGUAACGCAUUACUUAACCCUGAGAAAUCUGCAGGUGCCAUAGAAAGUAGCCAAGAAGGCAGGAAAGCUAACACAAAUGAUAAAAUUGAGAAAGGGCAAGAAAGAGAAGUCAAAGACGCAGAAUCUGAGAUAGCCCAGAGCUCUCAGGAAGUGCAUGCGAAGACAGCUGUUUCUGAGGUCAACAGAGUUCCAAAAGAGGUCAGAAAUAGAAAACCAGAUGACACUGCACAAUCACAAGGCGCAACAGGCAUCAAUAGAAAACGUGAAGACCAAAAACAGGCUGGCAACCUUCAAAAUUCUCCAGAACAUGCAAAUAUUGCUGAAAGAGACGUCAAAGCAGAUGACCUUCAGUUUGAGAAUGAUCAAGAAACAGAAGGACAGCUAGACCAGUCUAAAGGAAUUUCACAAGAGACCAGAGAUCAAAAACCCAAUAGAAAUGCACAAUUAGAAGAGAAAAACACCACUGUCCUUAAAGAUACAGAGCAAAGGCUGGCCAGCCUUCACAGUUCUUCCGCACAUGCGAGAAAUGCUGAAAGGGCUGUAAAAGAUGGCAACCUUGACCCGGAGAAUGAUAAGGAAACAGAAGAUGCAGACCAUUCUGCCAAUUUGGAAGAGGGGGAAGAAGACAAGGACCAAACAGAUGAGCCUGAAUUUUAGGUAUAUAGUUGCCUGACAGAAUGCUAAAUGCUUUGUUUCAUUUCAAUGUUAGAUCAUCAUGUUUUUAGUUUAGUAUAAUGUAAAGAAGAUACCUGCGUCUUAUUAAUUCCUCCAGCAGUUGAGUAUGCUUAUGAAUGUUCAAUCACUGUGAUUUAGUUAAAUUACUCUAUUGUUUGACAUUUCCACUAACCAACUACCAGUGAGGAUAAUUUGCAUACUCCACUAGAAAUACGUUAAGAUUACUGAAUCUGCACUAAGUAGAUAGGAUCUUCCAAUUAAUGCGUACACAAUUUCCAGACUAACAUGAUUAAGAUGACAAUGAAGAAAGAAAAGCAAAUGGAGAAAAACCAGUUCCACUUAUCAUACCAUAAGAAACAAAGAAAGAACUGUAUUACAGUGCUGAUGCAACCAACUUUAACCCACCAUUUCGUAGCUCAGAAGCUAUCUGGUGCUUUGUAUAAAAAGAAGAAAGUUCAUACAAUGAGAGUUGAAGUUAUCAGUGUCAUGUCCAAUAAAUUGGAUUAUUAGAGAGAACUUCUCAAUUUAGGACAUGAAAAUAUCCCAACAUUAUGCCAAGUAAAUUCCCACCUUAUUGUGAUGCUUGCACCAAAUUCU